AUGCCCGGCCGUCACCUCCGCCGACGCGACAUCACAACGAAGAUUUUUGAAAAAAAUUGCGCGCGGGAAGAAGAAAGGCACAGGUGGAAUGUCCCCCGAACACAACAGUUUGAGCUCGGGAAAUCUCAGAGGCUCAGGUACGAGGCUUCGGGAAGGUUCGCGUUUUUGCUGUGGAAGAGCGUUUACGUGACCAAGCAGGUGUCGUUUAGAAACCGCGUGCUCAUCCUGUUCGACUGGAUGAAGACCAGGGUGUUCGGUCGCGACACCUCCAUCUUUUAG